AUGGCCAAGCUGUUGACCGUUGUCGGUGCCACGGGUACUCAAGGUCUUUCUCUUAUUGAUGCGGCGCUCGAAGAUGGCACCUACAAGAUCAGAGGUCUAACCCGCAAUCCCAAUAGCGAGAAGGCCGCUGCUCUGGCCCGGCGGGGCGUUGAAGUCGUCAAGGCCGAUAUCAACGACGAGCAAUCACUGAUUAGAGCAUUUGCAGGCUCCCACGCCAUCUUCGCCAUAACUGAUUUCUUUGAGCCAUUCAUUACCCACGGGCCCGAAAGGGCAAUUGACAUCGAAGUCGCCCAGGGAAUCAACAUGGCCAGAGCCGCCUCCAAGACAGCCACUCUGGAACAUUACGUCUGGAGCACACUCCCCAACGGCAAUAAGCUGACCGACGGCAAGUACAUCGUGCCACACUUUGAAGGCAAGAACCGGAUCGACGACUAUAUCCGCUCUGAUAAAGCCUUACUCGCCAAGACAACCUUCUUCUGGAUCACCUGGUAUGGGAAUAACUUUGCCUACCCAAUAUUCACACCGAAUUUCUUGAAAACCGCCAAUGCAUACGUCCAACUGUCCCCAGCUCGGCCCGACACUCCCAUCAAGGCAAUCGGCGACCCGCACAAGGACAUUGGGGUUUUCGCCCUCUCCGUUCUGAAGCAACCGGGCCUCACGCUUCGUCCCCAGGGCCGCUUCGUCCUCGCUCACAGCGAAGACACCACGACGGGGAAACUGCUGAGCGACUGGUCCGAAGUCACCGGCAAGCCCUCCACAUACGUGCAAACUUCGCUGGAUGAUUUCAGUGCCGUCUGGCCUGGCUUCGGGCUGGAAAUGGGCAUCAUGAUGGCUAUGUGGAGUGAAUUGAGAGACGAGAGUUGGAGCGGUGAGGAGGGUCUGUUGACGAGGGAGGAGCUGGGCAUCAAACAGAGCGACUUGACCACUGUGAAGAACGCUUACAAUGUGAUGAACUGGGAGGCGCUUUUAAAUGUCUUCACCCACGACCCCGCGGUCUCCUACGCUACGGACGAAGCAGCGGAGAGGAAUCGAGAAGACGCCACGAGCAGAAAGCGGCGAACAAAUGUGAUAAAAGGAAAUCAUACCCUCGGCUUGAAAUGCGUGACGCUACAGCCGCCACCGCGAUAG